GCAAGGUUGCCAGAAUUAGAUCCUGAUGGUAAUGAUGAUGACAAAAAUGCCACGAACACAAUUCAAUCAGAAGAUCACGAUGAAGAUAUGACUUGUUGUCUUUAUGCGACAGAGGCGAAAGAGAUUCCUCCUAGAAAUAAACAUUUUGUCAUGAAUGCUGUCGGGAUUUCAAAAAUUUUAACCGGAGAGGAAUUGAUUGUGCACAUUGUUGUCUUUUAUCCAAAAGAUCCUAACAUAAACAAUCAAACAUGGCAUUUUAGUUUUUGUGAAAAAGUUAAAAGAAACUUGAAUAUUACAGGACAAAGUAUUACCAAAGCCAUAAAUCUCAAAGUACCCAUUGUAGUAAAAAUCACUCUUAAACCAUUAGGCGAAGUAACAAUAGGUCAAGCAGAGCCAUCUGGAUUGAUUGGAUUGAAAAGCAGAGAUGGAAUAGUUAGAUUAUAUCCACAAGCAUUGGUAAAACAAUUCCAACUUAAAAAACAUCCGGAAUUUUCACCUGCUGACAUAAUAGCAGAAUUUAACUCUGAUUUUGAUUUUUGGUUUGAAGGUGAUGCGACACCAAUUAAGUCAACUCAUACAGUAAAUGCAACAGAAUUGGUACCAUACGUUAGCAUUGAUGAUUCUAAUGUGCUGCUAUUACCAACGCCACCACCACACCUCAAACUCCAACAUCACAAAAUUCAUCAAUAA